UCAUAAAAUAGGCUUACCUUGCGAAAUUGCUUCCUUUUAUUUCUACGACAAUGUCUAGAAUAACUCACCAUGUCAACAAGAAAUUAGCUCGGGAAAUCGUACAGAAAUACGAAAACUUCUUGUUUGAUUGUGAUGGAGUAUUGUACCAUGGAAAUGAAGCAAUUCCUGGAUGUGCGAAAGCCCUACAGAAGUUGAAACAGCUGGGCAAGCGUGUAUUCUAUGUCACCAACAACAGCAGUAAGACACGAGCUCAGAUGGUAGAGAAAUGCCAGAGCAUGGGAUACCCCGCAGAACCUGACAGUAUCAUUUGCACUGCUCACACAGCUGCCCUCUAUUUAAAGAGGAUGAACUUUGAAGGCAAAGUGUACAUGGUUGGAAAUCCUAGUAUGGAAGCUGAAUGUGAUGCCCUUGGUAUCAAGCACGAGGGAUCGGGGCCGGACACAAUAGAUCCCAAUACUUCCGGAUUUGAUUGUGUGACAAAAUACCAGAAAGACUGGAAACAAAAUCCUGAGAUAAACUGUGUGCUGGUUGGUUUUGAUCCCCACCUGAGUUAUGUAAAAAUGAUCAAGGCUUCAACGUACGCUCGUAACCCAAACAACCUGUUCCUAGCCACCAAUGAGGACUACUUUCUGCCACAUAAAGGAGAUGUAGUAAUACCAGGCACUGGCAGUAUAGUUGCAGCAAUAAAGAUCCCAACUCGUCGUGAGCCCCACGUGCUAGGAAAACCUGGGACGGCCAUGUUUGAUCUUCUGCACGAGAUUCACGGGCUUGAUGCUGACAAGUGUGUCAUGGUGGGAGACAACCUACAGACAGAUAUAGCCAUGGCUGUGAACUGUGAAAUGAAGUCCAUGCUGGUGCUAACUGGGGUUGACGAUCUUCAGCGUAUUGAAGCCAACCAGCAGUCAGAUGAUCCCCACAAACGGCAGAUUGUUCCCGAUUUCUAUAUGGAGAGUUUCGGAGACAUGGCGGAACACUUACAAGACUUGUGAUUUCUAGCCUUGACUUUAGUACAUGUAGAAUAAAUGUGAUACCUUUUUAUGAGCAAAUUUUUUAUUUAUAUUAUACAUAAUACAGACAUGAAUGUGUUUAUGUUUUGUAGGUUGUUAUAAAUUUGUUUGUAUUUUUAGCGAAGAGCUUAUGUGAUGGUAAUGUGUACGUAGUAUGUGCAUCCGUGUGUUCGUGCAUCUGUAAACAAUUGCUUGUGAACACGAUACAGUCUUUAGUUUUGAUUGUAUCUCGAUGAAACUUGUACAGUAUCUAGAUGUCCAUUAGAGCUUGGUUCCUUUCGAAAAACCCAGCCAGAUCCGCCCAUGCAUGCCUAGAUUAUGGCCCUUGAUAGUAUAAAAAAAUGCUAUUGUGUAAGCAAUUGGUUGUGAACACGAUACAGUCUUCAGUUUUGAUUGUAUCUCAAUGAAACUUGUACAGUAUCUAGAUAUCCAUUAGAGCCCAGUUCCUUUCGAAAACCAGCCAGAUCCGCCAAUGCACGCCUAGAUUAUGGCCCUUGAUAGUAUAAAAAAAUGCUUUUGUGUAAACACUAGCUUGUGAACACGAUACAGUCUUCAGUUUUGAUUGUAUCUCGAUGAAACUUGUACAGUAUUUAGAUAUCCAUUAGAGCUCGAUUACUUUUGAAAACCAGCCAGAUCCGACCAUGCAUGCCUAGAUUAUAGGUCUUGAAAGUAUUAAAAAAUCAGUUUGUCUGUAAACAAUUGCUUGUGAACAUGAUAGUCUUCAGUUUUGAUUGUAUUUCGAUGAAACUUGUACAGUAUUUAGAUAUCCAUUAGAACUCGGUUCCUUUUGAAAACCAGCCAGAUUUGCCCAUGCAUGUCUGGAUUAUGGGUCUUGAAAGUAUAAAAAAUGCUAUUUUAAGCCAAGACUACAUGAGCGAAGUCUAUUUUUAGCCAAGUGUACAUGUAAAUUCGCAAUUGCUUGUGAAGGUUUGUUCAAAUUAUGCCCCUGGGAUCAUUACUCCCCCCCCCCCCAGAUAUUGUCCCGCAAGUGGUUGUUCAAAUUAUGCCCCUUGGGUCAAAACUGGCACUGCCUUGGGUGUCACAAUUUUCCUAGAGACUUAUUUAAGAAAUAUUUUCAAAAUCUUGUUGUUUCAAACCACAAGGCCCAUACCUUUGAUAUUUGUUGUGGAGCAUCAUAUGAUGCAAUUGAAAACAUUUGAAAUAAUGCCCCUUGGGCAAAAGCUUGCCCCACCCCUUUUGACUUACUUAUUAAUUUUUAAAGCUACAGUAAUGAAAUUUUGACCAUGUGAACAAUUUUGCAAACAAGCAUUAAUGUUGUCCUCGGAUGUCCUUGACAUUGACCUUUGACCGACUUUUUAUUUUUAAGGCUACAGAAAUGAAAUUUUGACGAUGAGUACAGUUUUAAAAGCAAAUAUUUCUUACCCUCAGAUUACCUUUACUUGGUACAUAUUAAAAUAGUUCAUGCAACUAAUCUGCUUACAACACUUCCUGUCCUCAGAUGUUGAACGUGCAGCGUUUUCAGCUAACCCAAACACUAAAAGUGAACUAUAUAUUUUAGGGAUGCAAACGAAUAUUCGAAUAUUCGAUCAAACGUUUGGUAUUCGAAUGUCAAAAUCGGUAUUCGAAUAUUCGUUUUUACAACGACUGGCCCCUAAUGCCAGAGGUGUGAAUGUGAUAACAAUACACUAAACACGUGUCAUAUGUCAUUAAGGGACAUAUCGUCGGGUACUGUAAAAAGUCCCCUUACUUUUACAAUAACUGACUAGGAAUUGGCAUUAACGUUUAAACACCAAUGUUUUGUCCUGGCUGCAAAUUAAGCUGGGCAACAUAGCUCAAAUCGCUGUGAUGAUAUGAAUGCCAUGUGCUACAGUAAUGUUGUUACAUAUAUGUGCUUUAAAUUGUAUUCCAUGUUUCGAUACAAUGUUCGCGCUUUAAAAUGUAAAUGUAUAGUAUAGCGUUUUAUGAUAUAUUUCCUCCAUUGUUGAACACUGGAUGAGUCAAAUCCAGAUAUGUUUUCGUUUUAUUUUUUUACUAGUUCCCGAGUUGGUUUGGGUUUUCCAUAGUUACAUUUAGUCAAUUUAAUUAAAGAUCAAUCUCAGAACGAGGCUGCUUGUCCUAUGGAAAGACCCUCUGUUGGCGCAAAACGCUAUUUGACUAGGACUCCAGCUAAUUUCACAUUGUUUACACAUAUAAAGGCAGCGGAAUUGAAAUUAUU